CCCCUUCCACUUCCCGGAUACGACCAAUCAUGAAUAUUCCAGUGCCAGAAGCAUUUUUUCAGGCAGCUGAGUGGGCUAUUGCCAACCCAGGACAAGCUGCCGUCAACUGGGCCACCGAGAACGCAGCUCAGGCAGUUAACUGGGUGGUCAACAACGCAAAGCAAGUAGCUAGCUUUGUGGUCGACAAUCAAGAAGCAGCGGUUGACUGGGUGGUCAACAACGCAAAGCAAGUAGCUAGCUUUGUGGUCGACAAUCAAGAAGCAGUAUGGGUCGUUAUCAAUGCAGACCAUGCAGCUGAGUGGGCAACUGCCGCCCAAGUACAAGCAGCUAACUGGCCCGCUGAUGAAGUGGCACAGGCGAUUCGGUGGUUGGUUGGCAACCCGGGAACGGUAAUUGGCUUGGUGAACGACAAAGAAAGACUGGUAGUUGACUGGGCGGUUGACAAUCCCGAAGUGGUUGUGGUGGUCGUCGCAGGAGUGGUCUGUAUCGUUGCACCGAUGGCUGUGGCCGCACCAGCUCUCAACGCUAUCGGAUUCGGCGCGAAUGGUAUUAUUGCUAACUCCAUUGCGGCUAGCAUCCAAAGCGGUAUUGGCAACGUUGCGGCCGGGUCCCUCUUUGCUACUCUACAGAGCGCUGCAACUGCUGGAUACGGCGUUGUCCUUGUUUCUGGGGGAGUCCAAGGGGUUGGUAGUAUUAUGGCAGGAUCUGGCGCAAUUUACGCCAUCAUGAAGGGAAAGAAUAAGGAGACCUAGGCGGAAAUAAUGUGGACGGCAAAGAAAAGACUAAUAACGCAAAUUUUGCAGUGAAGUCUGAAGUGGUGUCAACAGAACUAGUUUGCCUUGGAUUGAGCCAGGUGUUUUCCAGGGUCAUUGUCACGAUACACUAUCACGGCCUUAAGAAGGACCGGUGUAGGGACAGAUAUCUUAAGGGCAUCUUUUCCAACUACCACAGUAAGGAAUAGGAAGACCAGCAACGAGG